CUUACUACUAGCGAGAGAGAGGGCAGGCGGCCAAUGAGAGAGGAAGCUGCUACCUGAGCCCUUGCCUGCACUGAAGAGCUGGUACAGUGGGAAGGAAGGAGAAUGGUAUCGAGAGUGCAGCGUGUGCUGGCCUUUCUGGGCAGCCCUCAUCCACCUGCAGAUGCACUGUGAAGAUUUUUAGACUGAGGGGAUCAGGCUGCCCCAUUUAAAAAACAAAGACAAAGAAUAACCCUUAAAUGGAAUCUUUACAAAAGAAGUCUGACACAGGACUGGAUGAAAACAAGCAAUGGAUGUCACAACUGCCCGAACACCUGUGGGACAUUCCCCUGUACAACAUUUCAAUUCCAGGAAGUCAUGACUCCAUGAGCUAUUGUUUGGACAAAAUGUCUCCACUAGAACCUGAGUUACCCAUAUUGCUCUCAGUCUUGGAUAAGUUGGUUCCCUGCCUUGCACGUGCUACUAUUUUAAGAUGGGCCAAGACACAGGUUUUAAAUGUUACACAGCAGCUAAAUGCUGGAGUUCGGUACCUUGAUCUCCGGAUAGCUCAUAGACCUGAUGAUCCAUCUCCAGCUUUGUACUUUGCACAUGGGCUCUUUACUCACAUCACUGUAAAGGAGGCAUUUCUAGAAAUCCUUGCUUGGUUACUCACAAAUCCUACAGAAGUAGUGAUCCUAUCAUGCAGAAGAGUGCAAGACUUCACUCUGGAACAUCACCUGCAUCUUAUUUACUGCAUAUAUUCUGUUUUUGGCUCCAAACUGUGUCCUAAGCAUGACAUGCCCACACUGCGGCUAAUGUGGAAUAUGGGUUAUCAAGUGAUCCUCUCAUAUGAUGAUACAAUGGCACAAUUCUAUGACUUUCUAUGGCCUUCUGUCCCUUACUGGUGGGCAGAUACCACCAGUGUAAGUACACUAAUACAUUAUCUGGAGGAAAGAAAACAGGAAGGGCGUCCAGGUGGAUUCUUUGUGGCCGGACUGAACCUGACAGAGAACUUUUGGUAUAUUGUUACUCAUCCAUUUGGAUCCAUGAAAAACAUGACAAUACCUAAACUUCCAGUCAUGUACUUAUGGGUCCAGAAUCAAAACCCAGGAAAAUCUAGGCAUGCAACCAACAUUAUUGCUGAAGACCUAAUUGGGUCAGAUUGCUUUGUUUCGGCAGUCAUUCAUCUGAACACCAAGCUCACUGGGGAAAGGUCAUCAUCAUCUUGACUGCUACACCCAUGUGGUCAUUUUAUUCUAUGCAAAAUCAGGGACAUAAACACUUUGCGAAUACUGGUACUGUAACAAUCCACAUCACUAAUUCUGUAAGGCGCCAUUUGGUGAAAAAAAGAAACAUUAUAAAAAUCAUCUUUGGCUUCAGUCUAGCCGAUAGCUUCUCUUCAUAAAGUACAAGCUGAAAAGAGCAGUGGGUGUGAAGCUGUUUUAGCAGGAAGAAGCCAUCGCUGGUGACUGACAAGUGAUCUUUUGAAGGGAAUGUUUGACAUUCUAGCUAGAUCUAGCUGUAUCAUCAUUUCUGCUCAUAUUAUAGCUUUUUUGCCUUUCCACAUUUUAUUUUUUUUAAACCAUGAACUUAAUGUCUCCUCUGACUUCUCCUUAUGGCACUUUCUCUCCGUCUGCACCAUUGUGCUCCUCUUGCCUCCACCCGAAUCAGAAAAUUAAGCACUCAUGACAUUACUCUCCACAGUGGGAGCAUUCAAAACAAAUUGCUUACUGCAGGUAUGGGAUUGAAAAAACUCUGAAAUUACAGGAAGGCCAUCUCCCCCAGACUUCAUUUUAUUCAAAUAAUUUUCUCUGUAAUAAUAAAACAGUGCCU